AAGUGGAAACAUUUUAGGAUUUUCCGAAAUAAUAGCUCAAGAGAUAAUGAAGAGUGUGGUGUGGAAUGGAGAGUCACGUUCAUGAGCAGUUAUGGCGCGCUUCGAUAUUCGUGGCUCAACCUCUUAAGCCCUCUUCAUGCCCAAUCCUUGGCGCCAGACCCUUUUCCCUUUCCCUCGUCUCUUGCUCCAAACGUUGGGAUUCCAACGCCGAAACCUUUCGACCCCCCAAUGGAAAGCAAAGAGAACAAGAAGAUGGGUAUGGCAAGAAGAGACGCUGGUGGUCUGAUCAGAACGGGGAAUUCGAUGAGUACGAUGAUGAAGAAGAAGAAGAUUCUAGUGGGAUUUGGGAACAAGCCACUGAUAGUGUCUGGAUUGUCCAGAUUUUCAAAUCCUACGGUUGGACACUGCCUGUCAUCCUCGCAUCAUGGUUGCUAGCCAGUGGACCAAAAGCCUUCCUCAUGGCAUUAGUUCUGCCCCUUGGUCAGUCAGCACUUGCACUAGCAUUUGAGAAACUAUGGGGGCAGCCAGAGAGCAAACCAAAACGCAAGAACACGACGAGGAGGAAACCCCGCCGUAGUGCCAGAGUUGAGGAAGAACCAGAACAAAACCAGAAAACCAGAAAAGGGUAUCAAUCAUGGGUUGUUGAGAACAACGGUUCAGUCGAUAGUGGUGGCCGAGGAGAAGCACAGACGAGUUUUGGUGGAUGGGAUGACUUGGAGAGGUCAAGACCGGCGACAAAGUCUUCCCGUUCUAUGAAUGGAUCACAAAGGAAGCCUAUGGAAGGUGGUAGGUUGAGUAGACGAGAAAGAAAAAGUGACACACCUCUGUUGUUGCGAUUGCUUAUUGCUAUUUUUCCAUUUCUUGGUACAUGGACAAAGAUGCUGUAAUAGUCUUUACUCUUCCUUAUAGCUUGGAUGAGUUGGAUGUGAUUUUUUUCAUCUUACUUGGAUGAAAAGAAACCAAGUAGUUGUGUGGUGUUUUGCAACACGUGUAGUAUUGAUUGAACUAUAGAUGAUGAAUUAAGUUCAUCAACAUAAGCAAAUAAAUAUACAUUCUUUAACUGUCACGCUUUAGGCAGAAGGGAAAUUUUCGCAGAAUCCCAAUUUGUUUGUUGGGUUUGCUGUGAUUGAAUUUUCACCAAAUAAUGCUUUUUAGACAGGUUUUGUGAUCUAACUUUGCACUGUGCACAGCUAUUGACAUGAACAAGAAAUUUCGAGCGUGUCUCUGGCUAAAAUCUCAUGUACAGUCACAGUUAUGAAUGUUAAUCCGUGCAAUGAAUGGCAUUGUUCAUUUUUAAUUGAAAA